AUGAGGAAGGAGAAAGAUUUUGAUGGAGAAGACUUAGGCUUUACAGGAGAUCCGUUCACAUGGUCUAAUAGAAGAGAAGCUCCUUACACUAUUCGAUGCAGACUCGACAGAUUCUGUGGCACCGCUCGUUGGCGUAACCUGUUCCCAUUAGCUCACGUCCACCACAUAGAAUUUGGUGGAUCAGAUCAUGUACCGAUUCUUUUGACCCUCCAACCUACAACUCCCACCCGACCCGAUAGAAGAGGGCGACCUUUCCGAUUCGAAGCUAUGUGGAUCCGGCGGGAGGAAUGUGAGAGCAUUGUCCAGAAUGAAUGGUCAGAUCUUUUGGCAAUGGACCCAAUUGAAGAUCUGCUCACUAAGACGGAGAAUUGCAAGACAGCACUCCUGCAAUGGAGUCAGUCUUCCAUCGAAAAUCCUAGGAAUCGCAUUUCCAAAGUUCAAAAACGUCUGCAUGAACUUGGGCGGGGCCUGCAAUCGACUGAAAUUAUUUCCGAGAGAAGGACUCUUCAAAAUGAGCUCGAACAACUUUACCAAGACCUAGACACUUACUGGAAACAGCGAAGCCGAGUCCAAUGGAUGAAAGAAGGAGAUCGUAAUACCGGUUUCUUCCAUGCAAAAGCCACGAUCAGGAAGAGAAAUAAUUGGGUUCAUCGGAUCAAGAACGAUUUGGGUGAAUGGACUGACAACAAAGCCGAGAUUGAGCAGGUGAUAGCGAAUUACUUUUCCUCGAUUUUCCAGUCUACCUAUCCGACCGAGGGAGUGAUUGAGAGUGUGACGCAACAUAUCGAUCGGAGGUUGUCCAAUGCGGCUAGCCAAUCCCUUUCCCUCCCUUUCACUGCGGACGAGGUAACCCGAGCUAUUUCUCAAAUGUCCCCCACUAAAUCCCCAGGCCCUGAUGGCUUUCCUGUGUUGUUCUUUACUAAAUAUUGGAAUUGUCUUGGUUCUAAUGUGCUUAACUGCGUCCUUAAUUUCCUUAAUAAUAAAAAGCUGCCCACCAAAUUGAAUUACACCUUCAUUGUUCUGAUUCCUAAGGUUAAAAACCCUGAGAAAAUCACCGAAUAUCGUCCGAUAAGCUUGUGCAAUGUUAUAUACAAAUUUGGGUCGAAAGCUAUUGCCAAUCGUAUUAAACCUUUCCUCCAGAACAUCAUCUCUCCCACCCAAUCAGCUUUUGUGCCCAAACGCCUUAUUACGGAUAAUGUUUUAGUCGCAUAUGAAGUUAAUCAUUUUAUUAAAUCUAAUUCUAGAAAGAAAACGAAUUUUAUGGCUGCGAAAUUGGACAUUAGUAAAGCGUACGAUCGAAUCGAAUGGCUUUUCUUACGAAAAAUUCUUAAUCGUUUUGGCUUCCCAUCUUCAUUGGUCGAUCUGAUUAUGCUAUGUGUAUCUUCCGUUUUUUACUAUUUUCUAUUUAAUGGUUGCCAAUUUGGGUCGUUGCAGCCAUCUCGCGGUCUCAGACAAGGGGACCCUCUUUCCCCGUACUUAUUUAUACUGUGCACGGAAGCUCUUAUUGCAAUGAUCCGUCAGGCCGAGACCGAGAGAGUAUUGCACGGAAUCGUCAUAGCUCCCACGGCACCUAGCGUCUCCUGCCUUAGCUUUGCAGAUGACACCUUGGUGUUCUGCAAAGCUAACCUGGCUAAUGCUGAAACCCUCAAUCGGAUACUUCAAGAGUAUGCAGCCGCAUCAGGCCAGGUUGUUAAUAUUGAGAAAUCAACUAUGUGUUUCUGCCCCAUGACACCGCCCGACACUAAGAAUGCAAUCCAGUCGACUUUGGGCUUCCAAAUUGUGGAGAGCCACGAAAAAUACCUUGGAAUGCCUUUGACUAUGGGGAAAUCAAGGCGAGCUAUCUUCGACUUUUUACGGGACCGUGUGUGGACCAAGAUUGAAGGGUGGGGAGAAAAGCAACUUUCGAAGGCCGGUAAGGAAGUCCUCAUUAAAGCUGUUCUUCAAGCGAUUCCAUCUUACCUCAUGAGUUGUUUUAGUCUCCCUCUUGGACUCCUCCACGAUAUUGAAUCAGCAAUACAACGAUUUUGGUGGGGUAACGGGAAAGCUCGAUCAAUGGCCUGGACUUCAUGGAUUAAGCUUUGCACACCAAAAGAACGCGGAGGCAUGGGGUUCAGACACCUCCGCUCAUUUAAUCUCGCCAUGCUUGCCAAACAAGCAUGGAGAAUUAUCUCGUGCCCAGACCUCCUACUCUCCAAGCUUCUUCGCGCGAGGUAUUUCCCCGCCGGCAACUUUUGGUCGGCCCCUCCGGGUUUCCGACCGUCAGCAACCUGGAGAAGUCUUCUCCUCGCUCGACCUCAUGUCAAGGCUGGAUGUCGCGUUCGCAUUGGGAACGGGAAGGACACUGCUAUUUGGGGUGAUCCAUGGUUGAAAAAUGACGGUAAUUUCCACAUUCUGACCCGCCGCUCGGCAGUCUCAGCUUUUCCGAAUAGGGUUUCCGAUCUCAUUCUGCCGGAUUCCCGCGUGUGGGAUUUGGACCUCAUCCAUGCCUCUUUUUGGCCGGUGGACCAUAACAGAAUUCUUGCAAUCCCGAUUGGCAGUAGCUUUGCACAAGACCGCCUCGUGUGGCACUACUCACGCUCCGGCCAAUUCACGGUUAAAUCAUGCUAUCACAACAUUAUGUACAAUCAUGCUGCAUCUAGUGACUCACAAACGAAUGGGACCUCGUCGAAUAAUGGAACUAAGGACCUAUGGAAGUAUAUUUGGCAUUUGUCCUUACCACCAAAAAUCAAGAUUUUUGUUUGGAGGGCUGCAUGGGAUAUUAUCCCGACCAAGGGGGCGCUUUUUCGUCGUCAUAUUACCUCAGACCCGUUCUGCAACUUGUGUGGAACCCGAACAGAGACUACGGUGCAUGCCUUGAUCGGUUGUAGAGAUCUUCCAAAGGUUUGGCAAAGCGAACCAUUCAAUAUUGACACAACAACUGAACCGGUCUCUUUCCUUGGCUGGCUCGUUAAGAUGAGGAAGCAUCUUUCGAAGAACUUGCUCUGCCUCGCCAUGGUAAUAUGCUGGAAAGCGUGGGACUCGCGUAAUAGGGAAGAAAAUGGAGAUAUGGGUCUCCGAGGAUGGGAGCUACGGAAUUGGAGCGAGGAUUAUCUCAGCAUGUACAGGUCGGCAUGCUUAGAGCCAACUAUCACCAAGAGCCCUGCUCCACAAGUUCAGUGGACCCCGCCGCCAGAAGGAAUAGUGAAAGUUAAUUUCGACGCUGCAUUCCCACCAUCCCAGCCGCACUACAAGGUCGCCACGGUGGCUCGAAAUUCCGAUGGAGCUACACUCUGGUGGAGCGUCGCAACGUUUCCAGGCCAUGUUCAACCAGUCGAGGGAGAAGCUCACGCUGCUCUCUUCGCAAUCCAGCUUGCCCAUGCAAAAGGUUGGCCGUCAAUUAUUAUCGAAGGGGACUGUCGUCAAAUUAUUACGGCACUCCAAGGUGAAGACUUUUUGUUAUGUCCUUACGGUGCUUAUUUAGAAGACAUUUGUACUCUAGCUUUAUCUUUUUUUUCCUGUCGUUUUUCCUUUGUUCCUCGCUCUUGUAAUAAGCUAGCUCAUGGUCUUGCUGUAUCCAUGGAUCUCGCCACGACUGAGGGUCUUUCUCUCCCUCCUCAUUUGGCUUAUCUAGCCUAA